AAAGAAACAUCUUAGAUUUGGAGGCACAGGACCUCAAGACAGGGAAGACUACCUGAAGUCAGAAGAGACACAAGACCAUGGAGAUUUAUUUGUGGAAGGUUGUGGCUGUUGUAUGUGCUCUGCUUCUUAAUGCUUCAGGCUCAUUUUCCCAACUAGAUGUGUGUGGUCAGGCUCCCUUGAACACCAAGAUUGUGGGUGGUACAGAUGCUGUUGCCGGUGCCUGGCCUUGGCAGGCCAGCAUUCAGAGCUCAGGCAGGCAUUUCUGUGGAGGCAGCCUGAUCAAUGAGCUCUGGGUCUUAUCAGCUGCUCACUGUUUCCAGAGCCCUUUUUUCCUGGAUUUCACAGUCGUUCUAGGGUUGGAAAAUCUGGAAGGGCCUAACCUGAAUAAGCAGCAAAGAAAAGUUCAAAGAAUGUACAGUCAUCCAAGGUAUAACUCUAAAACUAAUGACAAUGACAUUGCACUACUCCAGCUCACAUCUCCAGUGACUUUUACAAGCUAUAUCAGGCCGGCAUGCCUGGCAGCAAUCAAGAGUGAAUUUCCCCAAAAAACUAAUGUCUGGGUUACAGGAUGGGGUGACAUUAAAUCUAAUGUGGAUCUGCCAUCCCCCAAGACCCUGCAAGAGGUGCAGGUACCAAUUGUCAGUAACAGUGACUGUGCCCAAUCUUACGGACAAGAUGUCAUCACAUUCAAUAUGAUGUGUGCUGGCCUCACUGAGGGGGGCAAGGACUCAUGCCAGGGUGAUUCUGGAGGUCCAAUGGUGUUCAAGCAUAACGAAACCUGGGUUCAAGCUGGGAUUGUGAGCUUUGGCUAUGGCUGUGCUUUACCUAAUUACCCUGGAGUGUACACCAGAGUGUCUCAGUACCAAGACUGGAUUAAGAGCUUCAUCACAACCAAACAACCUGGAUUUAUUGCAGUCUCCAAUGGCAAUCGUGGGUCCCCAAACCUCUUUUGUCUGUUCCUUUCUUUCUCCAUCAUCCUCUACCUCUGCUCCUUCUCUAUCUUCUAGUGAUACGAAAAUGGAACAAAAAAAGCCAGAAAGGGCUUUUCAAAGAUUUGUCAUUCUUCUACAUUUUUGUUCAUUUGACCUAAUUCUACACCACUCCCAAUUAAUGUACACUGUGAUACCAAGUGAGCUUGAAGCUAAUGACUGCUGAAUUGCACAUCCAAUAUAAGUAACAUGAUUUCACCAAAUAAAAUAUCUCCAAAAUCAUUUAAAAUAUAUCAUUGGUUUACUCAUUGACAGCAAUCACAUGAUAUCUCAUAAUAAAAGAUGAAAUUGUGGAAUUACUGGAACACCAAAGAACUAUCUACUUGCUCAU